CUCUAACACAUAAAGCACAUAAACCCAGACCUUAGGUAAAAUACAUUAUUCUCAGAAUAUCUAUAUUAAUCAUAGAAAAACAAUUCGUCUCGUCCACGAAAACCGAAGUUUCGUCGUACCUUUCGUUGCACUGUUUGCACAACUUGGGAGUUUCGUCUCCACCAGAUGUCUCAUUCGAGCAUGGAUGCUUCGACGAACACUCCCUCUGGAGCUUUCGAUCCAUCACUUCGACGUACUUAAAGCUCCACCAAUCUCUUUUUUCUACCCGGGCAACAUCAUGGAUGCGUUGCUGACUUGGAUUUGCUCGUCACUGGCCGCCCUGCUGCUCCUCUUCCAGAUUUUCCACUCCACCAGCGCGAGGAGCAAGAAGAACUUCCCACCAGGUCCUUUCUCAUGGCCCCUCGUUGGCUCUCUCUUCUCGCUCGACUAUCGGCAUCGCUCCCUGGCCAAGAUGGCUCGAAAGUAUGGCCCUGUUAUGUCUUUCCGGCUGGGAGUCCGGCCUCACAUCAUCAUCAGCAGCCCGGAGAUGGCGAGGCAAGUCCUCAAGGAGCACGACGUCGAGUUUGCGAGCAGGCCCCUGUUCUCCACCAUCAGUCGGCUCGUUAGCCACAACUUCCAGGACCUUAUCUUUGCACCGCACGGCGAGCGAUGGAAGAUGCUGCGGCGAGUGUGCGGCACAGAGCUCUUCACGGCUUCCAAGGUGAGCCACUUUGCCAGCACUCGCAAGAGGGAGCUGGGAGCGUUUGGAGCGAUCGUUGAGGCGUCUGCAAAAGACGGGCACGAGUUUGAUCUCAGCUCCAUGCUGCACGAGUACUUCACCAACCUCAUGACGUGCGUGUUGUUCGGGAGGAAAUUCUACGGCACCGACACGCCCCUCACUCCCGAGGCCGAAGCCUACAAGGCGUCGUGGGCGAUCCAAGCGAAAGAAUCCAGGAGGCUGUUUGCCGGUGAUUACAUCCCUGCGAUGCGAUGGCUGGACACGCUCAGAGGGACGCAAAACCGACUCAAGAAUGAAGUCCUACCAGCAAGAUCUCGCUUUCUGGAAGCAGUCAUCGAGGAGCACGCGAAAGACUUCGAUCCGGAAAAUCCCCGGGACUUCGUCGACGUGAUGCUGACUCUGGGAGGAGAAGACAAGCUGAGCAACGACCAGAUCAUCGCACUGCUCCAGGAUCUGCUGCUGGCCGGCACUGGAACGUCCAAGGGGACGAUCGAAUGGGCCAUCUCCGAGCUGAUAGUAAACCCCAGAGUCCAGGAGAAAGCUCACGAGGAGCUGGACAGAGUCGUGGGAAGAGACCGUCCCUUGGAGGAGUCGCAUCUAAACGACCUGCCUUACAUCCAAGCCAUCGUCAAGGAAGUCUUCCGGAAGCGUCCAAUCGCGCCGCUGGGCGUCCCCCACUACAACGAUCGCGAGGUAACUCUCGCCGGCUACACGAUCCCCGCCCACACCACGGUCCUCGUGAACAUCUGGGCAAUCCAUCACGACCCAAGCGUCUGGAGCGACCCCGAGCUCUUUCUCCCCGAGCGAUUCCUGGGCAGCGACCACAGCGUGCUGGGAAACGACUUCGAUCUCCUGCCCUUCUCGUCCGGGCGGCGCCGCUGCGUCGGGAUCCCGCUGGCCAUGCCCCAUGUCACGCUCACCCUCGCCUACCUCUUGCAUCGCUGGAGCUGGCGAUCGCCGCUUGGGAAGCCGAUCGAGAUGGCGGAGCUCGCGGGCGCGGGCAUCGCCGGGGUCGCGUCGCCCCGCAUUGUCUGUGCCUCCCAUCGCUAGAGUCCUAAAUUCAAAUUUAGGGCUUGAAGUUAUCUUAAGGGAGCUAUUUGUGGCUAAUGAACUCGCAUUUCUUGGUG